CAGAGCCAAGUUGUUUGCGCAGGCUGCAGAACACUUCUCAUGUAUCCCCAGGCAAGAUCCCUUUUUCAGACUGCCUGGAAGUAUUUGUGCUGCACUGCUAUUGGGGCCCAGAACGUGCGUUGUGCCCGCUGUGGCCAUAUCACCGCUGUUCCUCCAGCAGGAGGGGGGGACAUGGCCCAGCUCGUCUGUAGCAACACGUCUUGCAGAGUGGUACUAAUGUAUCCGCGAGGUGCAAGCCAAGUGCAGUGCUCCAUGUGCAGCACGGUCAACUGUGCGCAUGCGGCAAACCAGAUCAGUCAUCUGGUAUGUGCUUUCUGCAACAUGACGCUCAUGUUUGCGCAUGGAGCCCAGUCAGUGAAGUGUGCUGUCUGCAAUAAUGUCACGGCUGUGACAGGCAGCUCACUCAUGCAGGCCCAGUCAGCGCAGAGGUGUGACACACUACCCGCGUGA